GGGGAGGCAUCUGGAUCAGAAAUAUGGUUCCCUGAAAGCCGCAUUUUAAGGGAUUUUUGCUAAUUAAUGAAUUGAAACGUUGUAAAUUUCUCGGCUUCCAAGUUAUGCUCUUCGGCACUAGAAAAUUACCUUCAAUACUUGGAGCUGCUCCAUUUCAAAGCCAUCGAGUUCUGACGACGAAAAUUAGGAUGAACAAAGAUAAUGCACAACACAACGCUUCGAAAUCCGAUCAUCAAUCGCGUCUCGAUAAGUUUCAAAACGUUAUGCGCACCGACCAAACUGGUGGUUGGGAGAUAUGCUGGGAGCAAGGUCUGACACCAUGGGAUUUAGGACAGCCGACACCUGUGAUUAGUCAUCUCUGUGCAAUAGGAGCUCUUCCAAAUGGUCGUGCCCUUGUUCCUGGAUGUGGAAGUGGACACGAUGUUGUACAACUGGCAUGCUCUGAGCGCUAUGUUAUUGGAUUGGACAUAUCAGAAAAUGCCAUACAAAAGGCAAGAGAGCUAUCUUCCUCAUCGCCAAAUAUGAGAUACUUCACAUUCUUAAAGGCUGAUUUUUUCAGUUGGAGACCUAAGGAAUUGUUUGACCUCAUUUUUGAUUAUACGUUUUUUUCUGCUAUUGAACCUGCUGUGAGACCAGCUUGGGGACAACAGAUGCAGAAGCUUUUAAGACCAAACGGGGAGCUUAUAACACUAAUGUUUCCAAUUGAUAACCAUAUUGGUGGACCCCCGUACAAAGUUUCAGUUUCAGAGUUCAAUAGGAGUUUUUGCGAUCCUGCAACCAAGCAAUCAUGUUUCUCCAAUUAUGAGGACGUACUACUUCCAUUGGGGUUUAAGGCCGUACUGAUCGAGGACAAUGAACUGGCCAUCCCGCCUCGCAAGGGACGAGAGAUGAUUGGAAGGUGGAAGAGGAGUUUAACACAAGCUUCACUUUAACAAAUUUCCAUUCAUUCACAAACUUGAAGCAGCUAAAAGUGUACGACUGUUGGGAUGUUGAUGUCAUCCAUUUGAAAAGAAAUUGCAAAUGUUUAUGUUGGCGACCAUGGAAAUAUGCAAAUGGUGUGUACAGUAAGUAGUGUGUCUUUUAUUUUUUUAGAAUGAGGAUAACGUGUAAUCAAGGUUUUAAAUGUCAAUGUCGAGAUAAAUGGGGAGGUCUUAAUUUCAUAGAAA